GCAAGAUAAGACAUGUGGUCUUGGUUACAUCUAUCCUCUGUCAUUCCAAGUACAUGCUCCUCCAGUCCAAUCACCAUGUAACGUAGUAUGGUACAAAGAUGGCGCUAUGAUCCGUGAUGAUCAUCCGCAUUACAAGUUCCUAGCAGAUCGUAAACUUGGUGUAUUUGUACUAGAAAUACAAGAGACAACUCUGGAAGACACAGGAGAAUAUUUGGCUAAUGUCACUAAUAUUCAUGGCACAACUUAUACCAAGUGUAUUCUUACUGUUGAUCCUGACUACGUUGAUAGAGAAGCAUCUACAGAAAACCAAGAUUUGUUGAAUUAUUAAAAGACACCACUAUUGUAGAUGGCAGUGCUGCCAAGUUUGACUGUAAAGUUAUUGGUAUGCCAGAACCUAUAAUCACAUGGUUCAAAGAUCAUAAAGAGAUAGAAAGUGGUCAACAUUAUGAGAUGAUAUUCGAAGACGAUGAUACUUGUUCUCUGAUUAUCCAAGAAGCAUUCUUAGUAGAUGCUGGUAUCUACACAUGUCAAGCUUCUAACAUAUGUGGUAGAAUAUCUUGUGAUGCUAAACUUAUUGUGGAAGGUCUUGGUGCUGAAAGUGACACCACCUUGUCCAGGGAAUCAAGUGUUGAAGACCUACGCAGUCUUUCAGCUCCUAUCUACCCUAGAGCAAAAUUGACUCAGGCACCAAAAUUCAGUUUACCACUUCGCAAGAAAGUUGCUGGUGAGGGGGAUACGGUGCGACUGGCAUGUACUGCACAAGGAACUCCUGAACCAAUCUUCAUGUGGUUUAAGAAUGGUAUUGAGAUCACACAUGACGAACAUUAUAAGAUCAAAUGCCAGUAUGGGCUGUGUUCACUGGUGAUUGAUGAUGUCACACUGUCUGACAGUGGAAAAUAUGUCUGCAAAGCAAGAAAUAUUGAUGGAGAAACACAGACAACGUGUGAUGUUUUCAUUGAAGAAUCCACUGAGGAAGAUGAAACUUAUAGCUAUGUGAGGCCAUCAUUCCAAAUCCCGCUAAAAACCCAGCGUGUUCCCGAAGGACAGAACGCUUACUUUGAUGUCGCUGUUAAUGGAACACCAGCUCCAACUACUUCCUGGUUCAAAGGAGAUGAUGCCAUACAAGUAACACAAACUGAGCGUAUCUCACUUGAAAAGAAAGAUGGAGGUAGACAAACUCUUGUUAUUCGCAGUGUAAAUCAGAGCGAUGCUGGAUUUUAUAAAAUCUUUGCCAAGAGUGCCUCUGGAAAGGCUUCGUCAACUGCCGAACUCAUCGUUACUGAAGCUGAAGCUGAUAUUGAUUCUGAAGGGGAUGAUGAUGUUACUCAUGGAAGACAAAAGAGACGCAGUAAACAGACAAGUCUUGAUGAACGGUCACCUAGCCGAUCAAAGUAUUCAACUGAAUCGGAAUCUACUGUCAGUUAUAAAAGUAAACAACGAACAUCUACACCAACGACACGAAAAGUAACAGAAGAAUUUUAUAGUGAACAGAGCUAUAGCUAUGAGACAGCAGUCAAACAGGAAGUUGAUGAAGAGAUUGAUAUUGACCUGGAAGACCCUGAAGUUGCCAAAGCUGCCACAAAAAUCCAAGCUUCAUUCCGCGGACACAAAGCCAGGAAGGACACUAAAGAUGAAGUUGUCAAGAAGGCAGAAGUAGUCAAAACAGAAUCGGCUAAGCCAGCAGAAGACGAAGAGAUUGACAUUGACCUAGAAGACCCUGAAGUUGCCAAAGCUGCCACAAAAAUCCAAGCUUCAUUUCGUGGACACAAAGCCAGGAAAGACACUAAAGAUGAAGUUGCCGAGAAGGCAGAAAAAGCCAAAACAGAAUCAGCUAAGCCAGCAGAAGAGGAAGAAAUUGACAUUGACCUGGAAGACCCUGAAGUUGCCAAAGCUGCCACAAAAAUCCAAGCUUCAUUCCGCGGACACAAAGCCAGGAAAGACACUAAAGAUGAAGUUGUCAAGAAGGCAGAAGAAGCCAAAACAGAAUCAGCUAAGCCAGCAGAAGCAAGGAAAGAUGCCAAAAGUGAAGAAGAAACAAAAGCAGAAAAGAUUAAAGCUUCAAUUGAACUUGACGACCGAGAAGGAGAUGGGGAACCUGUGUUUGUGAAAGGUCUGAAAGAUACACAAGUCAAUGAUGGGGAUCAGCUUGUUUUGGAAGUUGAACUCAAAGGUGCACAACCGAUGGAUGUUGGUUGGUUACAUGGCACUGAGGACGUGGAAGAUUGUGAAGAUUUCCGUUAUGUUAAUAAGGGCAAUGUGUAUCAGUUAGUCUUUGCUGAAAUAUUCCCUGAUGAUGCUGGGACGUAUACGUGUGAGGCCCUCAAUGAUCUCGGAGAGGCUGAAACAUCUGCCACUAUUACUGUCGUUGAACCAAAGGAUGACAAGAUCACUGUUAAAAGUAGUAUUUCUGCAGAUGAAGAAGACUAUUUCUCACCAGAAUUUCUUGAAACCCCUAAAUCACUGACUGUAGAAGAAGGUCAAGCUGCCGUUUUCACAGCUGAAGUUGAUGGUGAACCAGUUCCAACAGUUCAAUGGAGCAAAGAUGGACAAGCAGUUUCUGAUGGUGGACGAAUAAAACUUAAAAGUACACAGUUUCUGCAUACUUUAGAAAUUCCAAUGGCUUUGUCACCAGAUUCAGGCAUUUAUACAUGCACUGUACUCAAUAGCAAAGGAAAGUGUCAAAGUGAAUUUGAAUUGAAAGUUACACAAGAGGACAUUGAUGCUGACAAGGUUACACAAGUCUUGAAAGCCAGUGAGGCGAGUGGACAAGAGAUACCAACGGGUGGUACAACGAAGGAGGAGACAAGUGGUCUUGACGUAUCAGAGGAGAAGCACCCAGUAGGAGCUAUCUCAACUGCUCUCAGUAAACUUGAUCCUGAUGCAGUGACUGCUAGCGUUGAUGGUCUUGAACAGCUUGAUUUUCGUGGUUUAUUGAAACAAUCAGAAGAAGGUACCAGCUGAGAAGUGAAGUUGUUGCCCCAACCAUUACAAAGCAGCUUACAAACCAGGUUGUGAAAGAAGGUAACAGUGCAGUUUUCAGCUGUAAUUUGACAGGUGAUCCUCAACCUGAAGUGACAUGGUACAAAGACGACAAACUAAUCAAGCAGUCAAGAUAUUUUGAUAUGGUAGUAGAGGAGAGUGUUUGCAAACUAACAAUUGCAGAGGCAUUUCCUGAGGAUGCCGGUCAAUACCGGUGUAAUGUGACCAAUGUUGGUGGUGAUGCUAAUACACUGGCCUAUUUACAAGUCACUGGUGCUGAACCUGAUAUCUCUGAUAGUUAUGUAAAACCAGUUGUAACUCAGAAAUUAAAAGACAUAGAUGUAAUUGAAGGGAGCAAUGCUAGGUUUGAUUGCAGAAUCACUGGUGAACCAGAUCCAGAAAUUAAAUGGUAUAAAGAUGGUAAACAACUGAGUGACAGUGUACAUUAUGAAUUACUAUUUGAAGAUAAUGACAUGUGUACUCUGAUUGUACAAAAAGCACUUCCCUCAGAUUCUGGAAUCUAUUCUAUAACUGCAGAGAAUCCCGCU